CUCAAUGUGCCCCACGUUGAGUCAACACCACGAAAACAUUCAAAGUUCCCCGCCACGGCAAGCUUUCGAGUCCCCAACAGCCAUGUCGAUGAACUUCCCGAAGGAGGAGGAGCGCAUCCUCGCGCGCUGGCAGGAAAUCAACGCUUUUCAUAGACAAGUUGAACUGUCCAAAGGAAAGCAGCCUUAUACCUUCUACGAUGGACCUCCCUUUGCUACCGGAAUGCCUCACUAUGGCCAUCUCCUCGCUUCCACGAUCAAAGACAUCAUCCCGCGAUACUGGUCCAUGAAAGGCCGAUAUGUCGAACGACGGUUCGGGUGGGAUACCCACGGCGUACCUAUCGAAUACGAGAUCGACAAGGAAAUGGGAAUGUCCGGCGCAGAUGCCGUGCGCGAGAUCGGUAUUGCCAAAUACAACGAGAAAUGCCGGGCUAUUGUGAUGCGUUAUGCGACCGAGUGGAGGCAUACGAUUGACCGAUUGGGCCGCUGGAUUGAUUUCGACAAUGACUACAAGACAAUGGAUACCAACUUCAUGGAGACUGAGUGGUGGGUAUUUAAGCAAUUGUUCGACAAGGGCGUGGUUUAUCGGGGUUUCAAAGUUAUGCCCUACAGCACAGCUUUGACUACACCUCUCAGCAACUUCGAGGCUUCCCAGAACUACAAGGAUGUACAGGAUCCUGCUGUCGUGGUGUCGUUCCCGCUUGUUCACGACUCGACGACACACCUCCUUGCCUGGACGACCACGCCGUGGACUCUCCCUUCCAACUGCGCGCUCGCCGCACACCCCGAAUUUGAGUACAUCAAGAUCCUAGAUGAGGCUUCCGGCAAGCACUAUAUCCUACUCGAAGCACUUCUCCGGACAUUGUACAAGGACCCCAAAAAGGCGAAGUUCAAGAUUGUGGAGAAACUCAAGGGAAAAGACAUGGUGGGAUGGAAGUACGAGCCUUUGUUCGACUACAUCUACGAUGAGUUCAAAGAUUACGGUUUCAAAGUUGUCAACGCCGAAUACGUCACAGCCGAGAGUGGUGUGGGUAUCGUGCACCAGGCUCCCGCAUACGGUGAGGACGAUUACAAAGUGGCUCUUGCGAAUGGUAUCAUUGAUGAGAAUCGCCCUCCUCCGAACCCCGUGGAUGAUGCUGGAUGCUUCACUUCUGUGGUCCGAGACUUUGAAGGUCAGCAUGUGAAGAAGGCUGACAAGAACAUUAUCAAGCACCUGAAGGCAACCGGCCGCUUGGUUGUCGACUCCCAGAUUACCCAUAGUUAUCCAUUCUGCUGGCGAUCCGACACCCCACUCAUUUACCGCACCGUACCAUCCUGGUUUAUCCGUAUUCAGGACAGCAUCCCCAAGAUGUUGAAGAACAUCGAGAGCUCCCAUUGGGUUCCCUCCUUCGUAAAAGAGAAGCGGUUCGCGAACUGGAUCCAGAAUUCACCUGAUUGGGCGGUGUCGCGAAAUCGCUUCUGGGGUACGCCACUUCCUCUGUGGAUGAGCGACGACGGGAAAGAGGUCAUUUGUAUCGGCAGUAUCGAGGAGCUGAAGAAGUUGAGCGGGUAUGAAGGAGAGAUCACAGAUCUGCAUCGUGACAAGAUCGAUGACAUUACCAUUCCCAGCAAACAAGGCAAAGGUGUUCUUCGGAGAGCGCCGGAAGUCUUCGACUGCUGGUUUGAGUCUGGAUCGAUGCCUUACGCCAGUGCCCACUAUCCUUUUGAGAAUGUGGAGCAAUUUGAGAAGUCAUUCCCCGGCGAUUUCAUUGCUGAAGGCUUGGACCAAACACGUGGUUGGUUCUAUACGCUCACCGUGCUUGGAACUCUCCUAUUCGACAAAUUACCAUUCCAGAACUGUGUCGUAAAUGGCAUUGUCCUGGCAGAGGACGGUAAAAAGAUGUCGAAGCGCUUGAAGAACUAUCCUGACCCACUUCUUAUUAUGGAUAACUACGGCUCCGAUGCCCUUCGACUGUAUCUCAUCAACUCGCCUGUUGUCCGCGCCGAGACUCUGCGUUUCAAGGAAGCGGGAGUGAAGGAGAUUGUUUCCAAGGUGCUGUUGCCAUUGUGGAACAGUUAUCAGUUCUUUGAGCAGCAAGUCAGUCUGUUGAAGAAGAUCGCUGAUCUAGACUUCGUUUUCGACCCCUCCGCGGAGAAGACAAAUACAAAUGUGCUUGACAAGUGGAUUUUAGCUUCUUGUCAGUCGCUUCUCAAGUUUGUCAAUGAGGAGAUGGCAGCAUACAGACUGUACACGGUGGUCCCCCGACUUCUUCAACUUAUCGAUGACACCACCAAUUGGUACAUCCGAUUCAAUCGACGCCGACUCAAGGGCGAGUAUGGUCUUGAAGACACCAAACACGCCCUCAACACUCUCUUCGAAGUCCUAUAUACCCUCUGCCGCGGACUCGCCCCAUUCACCCCCUUCAUUACCGACAACAUCUAUCUCCGUCUUCUCCCACACAUCCCCAAAGAGCUUCAGGCCGAGGAUAACCAAAGUGUGCACUUCCUCCCCUUCCCCGAAGUCCGCGAGGAGCUCUUCAAUGAAACCGUGGAGCGUCAAGUGAAGCGUAUGCAGGCCGUCAUUGAACUAGGUCGCAUCUGCCGAGACCGGGCGAACAAGGGUCUCAAGAUUCCUCUCAAGACACUUGUUGUCAUCCAUCCCGAGCAAGAAUAUCUUGAUGACGUCAAGUCAUUGGAAACGUAUAUUUCCGAAGAGUUGAACGUACGAAACCUGAUCCUUUCAAGCGACGAGGACAAAUACCAAGUGCAAUACUCUGCUUCGGCCGAUUUCUCUGUUCUAGGAAAGAAGUUGAAGAAGGAUGCUGUUAAAGUCAAGAAAGCGCUGCCCAAUCUGACUAGCCAGCAGAUCAAGGAUUACAUGAAGAGCGGCGAAAUACAGGUUGAUGGAAUCCAACUGGGUAAAGACGACCUCACUGUCAAACGUGGCUUAGCCAAGGACGACAACAACAAGGACCAGGAAUUCAAUACCGAUAAUGAGGUUCUCAUCAUCCUCGAUGUUGCUAGUUACCCAGAGCUGGAGCAAGAGGGCCUGGCUCGUGAAAUCAUUCGACGUGUGCAAGACUUGCGAAAGAAGGCCGGUCUCGUGCCCACCGAUGAUGUCCGCAUGGAGUACAGUGUUUUGGCAGAUCCCGACAACGUCGGUAUCGAUGGUGCGUUUGAGAACCAAGGUGCCUUGUUCGAAAAGGCGCUCCGAAGGAAUCUAGACAAGCAUGUGGCCACCGAGGUGGAUGGCAAAAUACCGGAAAAGGACAACGAAAGCGUCCUCGCGCAGGAAGAGCAAGAAUUGAACAAGGCGACAUUCAUGCUCCGACUGGUGAAGCUAUAG